CUUUACAAUCACGUUUCUUUGUUUCUUGAAACAUCACACACUAUACCUCGGUGGGGUUCUCUAGUAGCCUCUCUUAUCCAUUUAGUACCACAUCCAAGACUUUUUUCAAAAAAUGACAUUCAUCUUCACGCAAUAACUAUCAUACUCAUUCAGAUUCUUGCUAUCGAACACUG